UUGCCUUGACCUAUGUGUCAUCACAUGCUCUGUGGAAAAGAAUCCGUUAAAAACUGCUUCUGUAUCAGAACUCAUCUGUUCGGUUGAGAAUGAGGAAACAGGAAGAGUGCAGUCACAAAAAGCACAGUGCCUUCGCAGUGUUGGGGAAAGCGUACUUUUGCAGCAAAGCCCUGAUACAAGCCCACCCUAGUGUGCUUUUGGGUUGCAGAGCUGAAGACAUGACUGAACAGACAAGUGAAGUCGGUCACCUCAAGAUUCGAGCUUGCUUGCUGCUGGUGGUGUGCCUAUGGCAAUGGACACAGCAAACUCUGGCAACGCCGUGCCAGGACGGUGAACUGAGAAUAAUCAGUAAAGACAAAACAAAAUGCUGCCCCAAAUGCAGCUCAGACAAAGGAGACGACGGCAUAUGUCAAAACACCCAGGAUCACGAAUGCAAAUGUCGCCAGGGAUACAGCUGUACUGAUAGUGCAUGUCACUACUGCAAAAAGCUGCCUGAAUGUGCAGAGGGCGAGGAGCUGGUUAAGCUUGGCAUUUUAGACUUCACGUUCAAGUGUAAACCGUGUGAGAUAGGAACCUAUUCUAAUGUUAAGAAUGGCAGGUGCCAUAACUGGACUGAUUGCGAAAGUUCUGGGUUUCUAACAAUCAAGCAAGGCAACAGUACACAUAAUGCAAUGUGUGGUUUCCCUACUAAAGAUUUGGAGAAAGCUCCUGUUACAAAUGACUCUCUGUAUAUCACCAUCCUGGCCAUCCUUACUGCAGUGGCUGUAUUCGUUCUCAUCUUGCUGACCUUCUUCUUGCAUUUCUGCAUAUGGUCACUGAAGAAAGAAAAAUACCCCACAGCUGACAAUCUGGAACGUAACUUCCCUAGGCUGAUGGGGGCUCCACAGCUGUCACACCAUAGAGAAGAGACUUACAGCUGCCAGUUUCCAGAAGAAGAACAUGGAGACAAAACACCAGAAGAAAAGUCUUGCUAUUUCCACCCUCAGAAUCUACCAUGAAAACAGAUAUAUUGCAACGUGCUGUGAGAAUGGGGAGCUGAGCUGAGCUUUCCAAAAAAAAAAAGGGAGGGGCUGGAAGCUGACGUCGCCCGGCUGUGCCUGAGGCUGCCUUGCCACCCCUGGCGAAGGGGAGAACAGAAACUGGCCUUCAGGAGGGAAACCUCCCAUUGCUCCGAGUUCUGGGAUCUUCCAGUGCCUAGCUCUGACGUUAGAACCAAAUUUAGCAGCUUUUCUCUGAGUAAGGGAGCUCUGGGGGUUUCUUCAACUUUCAGCUGCAAAAAAAGCGUGGAAGAGCAACAGGAUACGAGAAAUGCCCGAGGUGCAGGAACAGCUUUUCUUGUACCAGGGGUUUUGCUCAAACAGAAGGCAGCUAAGGAUACGUGCAGGCUGCGUAAAGGAAAAAUUGGGACAGAGCAGGGACCAUGGGACCACACAAAACUUGUUCAGGUGACUGCAGCUAUACCACAGAUGCAGCCUGGAUGAUUAACCUACAGGAGAAAAAAAAAUCUGUAGAAAUGGGACUGUUCACCGUCAAGAGUUGCACUGUGCCUGCCACUUGAAAGGAAGGCAACAGCUCUCCAAACCAACAGUUAGUCCAAUGCUGCUGUCUACGCACGGUUUAGGCUCAGCGAGAGAAACUCAUCUGUUCGCUUCCUGCCUCCACCAUAUGGUGCUGCAUCCUACACACGGAGGAGCUACUCAGCGUUUUCAGUGAGUUUACUUACAAGUACCUGUGAAAUGAAGUCUAAGUGUUUGGUGGAUUUUGGUGACAUGAUAGCCUUCACGUUGGCACUUUAUUUUGCUGAGAACAAAAUACAACAAUAAUUUUCACUUCUUUGAAAUACUUUAUUAAACAAAUGAAAAGACUGGUUUUCAAGCGAUGAGAACAAUAACGAGAGCACAGUGCCCCGUGGCGUUGGUCAGAAGUGCUGCUCUGGAUGUUUCUCGGGGAUGAAGAGGUUACUGCUCCCUGCAGCCUACCAGUACACCUCCACGUUCUGUCACAUCUUAAACUCGCUCUGUCAAGACGUCACAGGUGCAGAGGACGAUGUCAGAGCAGGAAUUGUAAUGUCAGCCCACAGGAAACCGGGAGUUUGCUGCACCGACCAGCGGUAACUGCGGGUUGAAGCUGUCAGUCCUGCGUCCAGCUGUUGCACGCUGCCUCUGCAGGGAGCGUACGGGUGUCUCUUUGUGCAGCACUGCACCACUAAAGAAGAGCAGAGGCUGGUGAAUGUACCUGUCAGAGCAGUAUUUCAACACGCGUCACCAAAAGUGGCCAUGAUACGCGGCGAGUCAAAGCUCGCGCAGACCCCACAGCCCGUUCGUUUCACGCCGCAGAACGGAUCCGCUGGUGCCUCUUGCAGCACUGGUUUUAAGGUGAAUGGCAGCAGAGGGCGCUUGUAGGAGAGGUUGGAAAUGCCAAGAACAGCUCCUUUUGAGAGGAAUAGUCUCGGGAGCAGAAGUGACCAGAGGCAAAUCCUUCUGCAAAGUUCUGAAGAGCAACUCAGAGGCCAAAGGCAGCUGGUGCAGCGGCUCUCAAGAGCCAACCAACACCGCUCUGUGCAAAGAAACAGACCAAGGGCUCCACCUGAACACGUUUCAUCCGUUUACCUCCUGACGCCUCAUUAGCCGUCUGCCUGCCACCAGCAAGAACACAGGAGCUCCCCAUAAAGGCCAGACCUGAGGCCAGUCCACCCUUGUACCUCAUCGCCGCCGAUGAAAAGCGGUUCAGCGGACAGAGUGCUGAAGGCUGCAGGACACUAAGCUGGAAGAAGCAUGGCUUCACGGCACUGGAGGCAGCGUGGAAAGGUGAUUUAAUCCGCAGUUGGCCAUGCCGCAGACGGCCCUUUGCUGCUGCAGGUGCAUCGCUGCAAGUGGCACAUGAAAUGCCGAGCGUUCUCAAGGGCACUGAAAUACAUUUCUUCCGAGUUGUCUCCAUGCAACAGAUGAUGGCUUUGAGGAGAACAAAGCCGAGGACCAUUUACAAUAGAAGCGGAGCGUGCUUCGAAUCCGCGGCUACUCGAGUCUGGACCUGUCUCUCGGAUGCCUCCGGGACUCCGAAGCGAUGCCAGUGAGCAGCGAACUCCUGAGAUCAGGAGGCUCCACCCAUAGUCCAGCAGCCUGCCCUCCUUGGGAAGGCAUCGCAGUACGUGUUUGUUCCCAAGACAGACAUAGAACCAGUGCACUCGAAUAAGCUUUCAACAUAAGCCCCAACUCCAGUGAGAAGACAUCAGACUUCAUUGAUUCUUCUGAUAAAGGCAAGCUUUUUUCUCCAUAUUUCUGCCAAGACGAAGGUUUUUGCCGAUGCGAUUGACGGCAUUACCAGACAGUAUUAGACAAA